AUGUCGUCGCUCGUGCGCGCCGUGUCGCGAGGCGGCAAGCCGUCGGAAAAACGCUACUCGCUCCUGGGCAGGCUCGCCGGACGAGAUAAGGCGAGCCGCUUUGCCCGUAGCGGCUCGUCUGCCGCGCCACGCGGCGCCGCAUCGCAGAGCGCGUCUAGCCAGCAAGCGAGUAAGUUAGCUCGCGACGUAAAGGCGGACGACGACGACGACGACGACGACGAUUCGGACGACGACGAGAUUCUGAGCAUCUCGUCGGACGAAGACGAUGAACGCGGCCCGAGCGUCCCGGCGAUCACGCCGCGCGCGCCGGCGAAGUGGGAAUCGUCACGCGCUCUAACGCGGAUGGGGACGCGGCGGUACGGAGCCUUGGAGUUGGUCGACGGGGGAGAGCCGGCGUCGUGGGACCAAGUCGGCGAGGACGCGCUGAUGCGGAAGGUGCGGGAGCUGCGAGCAGCGCUGGGCGGGCGGGCGAAUGUUCGGUCGCAGGCAGUGAGUCAGGGCAGCACGGACGAGCCGCUGGGCUCCACCAUCGUGGACCCGCUCGGCCUGGGGCCUCUGGACGUGGAGCACAUGUGUCUGCAGAGCCGCUACGACAAGGGCAAGGCUGCACCUGACCGCUCUCUCCACCCAGAGAUGCUGGUGAAUCUGGACGAGGCGUUUGAGCCGAUGCUGUACCUGACGGUGGUGCACGGGGGCAGCAGUGCGCGCGAGCUGGAGGAGGGGCGGGAGAAGCUGGGCGAGACGAUGCAGCGUGAGAAGGAGCAGCUCAAGCGCCUCGUGCAGAACAACUUUGACUGCUUCAUCUCCUGCAAAACCACCAUCAACGACAUCGAGCGCGGGCUAGCGUCAAUGAAGAGGGACUGUGCGUUGGACACACUGGCAGCGGCCAUCUUCAAUGUGGACCACCACUCCAAGACCGCCUUCGGCCCGCUGCUCGAACGCAGAGCGCAAGUGCAGCGGAUCCAAUCAGUGCAGGGGCUGCUGCUGCGGUUCCGCACGCUCUUCAACAUGCCAUCCGCCAUCCGCGCCCACCUGCGCAAGCACGAGUACGACAGCGCCGUUCAUGAGUACCUCAAGGCCAAGUCCAUCUCGCUCACCGGCCACUCGAACAUCCUGAGGAGGGUGAACGAGGAGGUGGAGAAGGUAGUGGACGAGUUCAGCCGCAUCCUGUACGCACAGAUGAGCGACCCCACCGCCCCGCCCGCCACCGUAGAGAACGCCAUCCGGCUGCUGUUAGAGAUCGACCCAGACAGCGACCCCGUGUGGCAGUACGUGGGCAUGCGGGAGCGGCGCAUCCGAGGGCUGCUGGAGGCGUGCGUGCAGCAGCAUGAGCGCCGCGUGCAGGGCAUUCGCCGCCGCCGCCAGGAGAAGCGCGAGGAGGAGCACCAGUGGCGCCUGCUGCAGCGCAACCCCCAUGAGAAGCUGGAGCCGGGGCUGGCGGCAUUCCUGAACGGGGAGGUGGAGGAGCAGGAGGAGGCGGAGGACGUGUUGGAUGGGGAGGAGGAGGAGGAGGUGCAGCAGCAGCAUGCGCUGCUCGUGUGCCGCCUCGCCGCCGUGCUGCAGCAGCAGCUGCCGCAGCUCUGGAAGGUCAUGCUGGGCAUCUUCACCGGCAAGUUUGCCAACUUCUCCAAAGAGACUCCGGCAGCAGCAGCGUACCCCUACGCAGGGGCAUACGGAGCCAAGCCGCCCUUACCGCGCUCCAACUCGGGCCUCUCCAACCAGGGCGGGGGCGGGGCAGGAACAGGGGGCCCGUACCGCAAGCACACACAGAUGGAGGGGGUGGCGAUGGUGAUGGGCAUCGUGGGCGUGUUUGAGGGCCACGUCACAGACGCGUUCACGGCGCUCGAGAGCAGCCGCGAGCUGCGCCCCCACAUGCUGCAGGCCGUCACCGCUGUCGCUCAAGCGUCCUCCGCCUUUGCUGCUGCGGAGGCGGCUCCUCCCCUGGCAGUGCAAGCGCUGCACCAGUGCCGCAUCACCAUCACGGCUCGCUUUGUGCGGCAGCUGUGCUUCAUCAUGCGCGGGGCAGCGGGGGACGUGGCUCGGCAGGAGGAGUGGGUGCCGGCGCCCGCGCACCUCAUCAAGGGCUCCGAGUUUGACAUCUCGCACUUCCCCGUGCGCUUUGGGGACACCGUGGGGGCUGCCUUGGACCAGAUCACACAGGCUCUGGCGCAGCUGUCAAAGGACGGCCCCAGCAUCCCAGUGGCAAGCGGGUCGGAUGCAGCAGCAACACAGGCGGUGGCAGCGGCGGAGGUGUGGCGGAUGUACGCAUCGGUCAAGACCACCUUCUACGAGUCGUUUGUGGAUGCGUGCGGUGAGUUGAAUUGGCAGCUGGACUCGCUCGUAUUCGACCCUCAUGAGCUUGCAUUGGCUCACGAGACAGCAGAGGUGUGGCGAUGCGUGCAUGGGUCAAGAUCACCUUGUACGAGUCAUUCGUCGAUCAAUGAAUGCAAGGCGCUGCUGGAGAUGGCCAAGCAGCUGCCAGACGGAUCCACUCCCCACGGGGUAUCACACUCCCCCACUCACCCUCUCUCGCUCUCCCCCCUCCCCAUCCCCUCCCCAUGCCUCUCCCCCGUUUCCUCCUUGCUCCUCCCCCCACCAGAGGCGCUGGGGCAGAUGGCGAAGCAGCUGCCAGACGGAUCCGCCCCGCCCGAGGGGGAGGAGGGGGCGGAGGGCGAGGAGGAAGGGGGUGGAGAGGGGGCGGGCGGGGCGCCGCAGUUUGAGGGGCUACAGCAGGGCGUGGAGGUGGGCAACCCCCACCAGCGCAUCCUCAUGCUGCUCAGCAACGCCGGCUUCUGCCGCUCUGUUGUGGCGCGCGACCUCGCCCAGCGCUACCAGCACCUCUGGAACGACCCCAGUGCAUCAGCCCCAACAGCCUCUAGGCCGGGCUACACCCCGCCAGCACUGAGCGAGGUGGAGCAGCUGCUGGCAGACGUGGAGCGCGUGUUCGUGGAGGCGGAGACAGCCGUGGGCGACCAGUACAUCGCAGCCAAGGCGCAGCACCUGGGCAUGGCUGUUAUCCGCUACUUCCUUGAGGACGGCACCUCCUGGGCUGCUGCUCCCCCCGUCAAGGGUCUGCGGGACUCGGCACUGGAUCUCAUCCUGCCCCUCGUCGCCGUGCAUGCUGAGGUAUCAGCGGGGUGCAGCCCAUUCGUGGACCGGGCAAUCAACACGCUAGCAGAGGGGCUAAUGGACGCGCUGCACCAGGUGGCCUUCCAGCACGCCGACCUGGAACAGCUCGACGCCAACGCCUUCUGCCAGCUCUCCCUCGAGCUGGACUACUUCCAAGCGGUGCUACAACCGUUCGCCUCGCCCUCACUGGACGACAUAAUAUUCCAGCUGCGCGACAUGCUGCUGCACCGCACCAUGCAAUCCAUCGCUGCCGCCGGCCCGCCGCCCGACGACCGCCCCAGCUACGAGCGCCAGCUGUCGCGGGGCGGCGGGAUGCGGUCGGGGGAGUGGGGCGAGGAGAGGGACAUCCCCACGCCGCAGACACCCGAGCAGCUCAAGGGCAUAGCGGACAGCCUGUCAGCGGAUCUGCUGCCAGGGGAGCUGAGGCGCACGCGGGUGAACGUGUUCUGCUUCGGCCUGCGCCUGCCCGACGACUCCCUGCAUGCCUCCCCCUCGGGCGCGUACGACAAUGCCUCCACCAUCCACGGCGCGCAGUCCACCAUCUCCUCCUCCUCCGGCUCCAGUGCCAACCGCGCCUACUCCGCCAUUCUCCCCGUGCCUGAUACUUCUGCUGGCCUUGCUGCCAGGGCUAGAGCUGCUGGUGCUGCAUCUUCUGCUGCUGCGGCGGCCGCUGUUGGGGAUGGGUACCGGCCGGGAGCAGCGGCUGGUGGUGCUGCUGGGGUGGGGCCGGCGGUUGGGGGGACGCCGAGGACAGCUGGGCUGAGAGGGUCGUAUGAAGGGGCGGGGUAUGGGGGAGGAGCAGGGGGAGGGAGAGGGGUGUAUGGAGCAGCAGCAGGAGGAGUUGCAGGAGCAGUGGGGGCAGGGAUGUAUGGGGGAGCAGCAGGCGGGGCAGCAGGGGCAUAUGGGGGCGGAGCAGGGGGAGCAGGUGGGGCAUAUGGGGGGGCGGGAGGGGCAGGGGCAGCAGCACCAUAUGGGGGAGCAGCAGUGCCUGGGUCUGCUGCGAGGGCCCUGGACAGGAGAGGGCAGCCGGGGACACGCGGUUAUGGUGGCGGUUACUGA